UAAAGGAGAGGGAAGGAGAUCAGUGGGAGGGACGUGGAAUAUCAGACAGAGAUUUAAGCAGGAAGUGGAACCUCGCAGAGACGGACUGCGGAGCCACCCAGAUUUUCUACACGUUUGAGACUCCAGAAUGGAUCGGGAAUCGCUUGAAGAAAUGGCCAAAGGAAUGGAGAACUUCACCUAUUCCUCGGGUCUCAUCGAAGGCGUCCCCUUUCCCAAAGCCCUCUGUGAUUCUUGGGACACCAUAUACAACUUCGGGGCGAGAGAGGACGACGUCCUGAUUGCCACCUACCCCAAAGCAGGAACCACCUGUACUCAGGAAAUUGUGGACCUCAUGCUCCAGGACGGGGACGUGGCGAAGGCCAUGCGGGCCCCGACUUUUGUCAAAGUGCCUUUUAUUGAGCUGGUUCUCCCAAAACCCGUAAAGACAGGGGUGGAGAUGGCGAACGACCUGGAGUCUCCACGUUUACUUAAAACGCACCUUCCGAUAGAGCUGCUGCCACCUUCAUUCUGGGAGAAGAAUGUAAAGGUUAUCUACGUGGCUAGGAACGCCAAGGACUGCAUGGUCUCCUACUUUUACUUCCAGAAGAUGAGUAAGAUUUUACCAGAUCCUGGGAGCUGGAAUGAUCACUUCUCAACGUUCCUGGCCGGAGAAGUGCCCUGGGGAAGCUGGUUUGACCACGUGAUUGGCUGGUGGAAUGCGAGAGACAAGCAUCGGAUACUCUACAUUUUCUACGAGGACAUGAUCGAGGACCCAAAGCGUGAGAUGCGGAACAUGACGAAGUUCCUGAACAUUAAUCUUUCAGAAGACGUUUUGGAGAAGAUCAAGGAUCAUACCUCCUUUCAGGCGAUGAAGAAGAACCCAAUGACCAACUCAAGUGCAAUCCCUUCUUCACUGAUGGACCGGUCUGUCUCACAGUUCAUGAGGAAAGGGAUUGUGGGGGAUUGGAAGAACCACUUCACGGUGGCCCAGAACGUUGCAUUCGAUGAGGAAUACGAGAAGAAGAUGAAGGGCAUCGACCUGACGUUCCGUACGGAACUCUAGAAGACGCCACAAUCAACCGUGGAAUCUUGGAUUAUCUUCAUUUUUUAUGUAAUUAAUAAAGAAUUUCUGAAAUUAACAAAA